UGGCCAUUUAAAUUUAGUACUGAUGAAUAUGUUGUGAUCGGCAACAGAUGUACAGCAGACUGAAGAACCAUUGAAGAGGCAUUGUGGUUAUGCAACUGUUAGUCAUUCGUGCUCUCUGUCACCUGAUUCGCAGUCUGCACAGGGUUACCUGUAUGCCUCUUUCUGAAGACACGACAAAAUAACGGAUAUGGCCGGGAUGUGGUGCGAUAAUUGUGCGAUUGAUAAUUACGACGACGAGAUAUGUUACAACUGUGGAGUUUACUGUACUUAUCCCGACGAAGAAUAUUACGAGGACGAGGACGAUUACUAUGAUAACUUUUACGGAGAGGAAGAUGGUCAGUAUUAUUACGAAGACGACUACAACGACGAAGACUAUGGGGAAGAAGAGGAGUACGAAGAAGAAUUUGAUUAUUACAACGAUGAAGAUGAUCAUCGGGAGAAAAGGUGCUACGGUUGUUUCCAAUGUCCGAACUGCAGAAAGCGGUGGGACAGUGCGUAUGUCUUCUGCAGAAAACAGCGAGGCUCUUUACGACCCCUGUACAAACAAGCCUGCAAGGCAUGCCGGGUCAGUUGUCUCCCAUACAAAGUGAAGCCGUUGCGGUGCUCGCAGUGCUGGGAGACCAACUGCACCUGCGACAGACGACACAGUGAUGUCCACAAGCCGCAUCGUAGCGACCUCUGCCAGAGAUGUCGGUCUGGUCGCCCCUGCACCCAGACCUAUGGUCCUCCCUGCCCCUGCCCCUACUGAGCACAAGGUGAGGGAGGGGCAGACAACUUGAGUGUAACAGAGGGCAUUGUAAUUAUUGUUGUUACUGAGAAUUUAAUAAAUUAUUUUUCACUCUUUUUUUAUCUCCCUCCUCUGUCUCUCUGUAUAUACCUGUAUAUCUUUCGUUACAAGUGUUAGGAUGUAAGUACAGUCAUUUCUUAUUAUUAUCUGUGUACAUUUAAAUUUACGUUAACUUGUAUAAUUUUAGCCUACUUACUUUUGUUGUUGUUAUUAUUAUUAUUACAUGCAAACUGUAGUUUGUAAAUUUCAUUCUAGCACUGUGUUUUUGUAUUUAAAAGCAAGGACAUGGAUUGGGAAAUACAUUAUUGGCCUGAUUUCAUUUUUUUAACAUUCCUUCAACAGUAUAUAUAUAUACUCAGCUUUGUUUUUUCGGUAGGGGAGGCCUCAGAAUGUAGUUGUUUGUUGGCCGAAAGCUAACCCGUUGAUUAUUACAAUCAAAUGUUGCCUUAGCAUGCUUUUUGCAUUGUUUAUACUCGCGUUAGUUUGUUAGGUAGCAAACCAUAACUGUUUCACAUUUCAGUUUCCUCCCUUCAGACGUGGGCAAGAACUUGACACUGAAUAAAAUGAAAUUAAA